CAUGCAUUUCCACCCUAACAUACUUUCAUUUCAUAAACUUCAUCUACAAUUUUCUAACAAAAAAGAAAAAACAAAUGGUUGCUACACCGGCUCCAACUCCAAGCCCGCGGGUUGAGGAACUGGCCCGAAGCGGGCUCGACACCAUCCCCAAAGACUACGUACGGCCCGAAGAAGAGCUCAAAAGCAUCCGCGACAUUUUCGCGGAAGAGAAAAGCAUCCUCGACGGGCCGCAGCUGCCGACGAUCGAUCUGGACGAGAUCGACUCCAGUGACGAGGAGACGCGGCGGAGGUGCUACGACGAGGUGAAGAAGGCGGCGAUGGAUUGGGGGGUGAUGCAUCUGAUCAACCACGGGAUACCUGAGGAGCUCACGAGCCGUGUGAAGGCGGCCGGGAAGGAGUUCUUCGAGCUGCCGGUGGAGGAGAAGGAGAAGUACGCCAACGAGCAGGCGGCCGGCAACGUGCAGGGCUAUGGAAGCAAGCUCGCUAACAACGCCAGUGGGCAGCUCGAGUGGGAGGACUAUUUUUUCCAUUGUGUGCUGCCGGAGGAGAAGAGGGACUUGUCUAUUUGGCCCAAGCACCCAGCUGAUUAUAUACCGACUACAUGCGAAUAUGCAAAGCAGCUACGUGGGCUAGCAACGAAGAUACUAUCAGUCUUAUCGAUCGGGCUAGGAUUGGAACAAGGUAGGCUAGAGAAAGAAGUCGGCGGAUUGGAGGAUCUAAUCCUCCAAAUGAAGAUAAACUUCUACCCGAAAUGCCCUCAGCCGGAGCUCGCCCUCGGCGUCGAGGCGCACACGGAUGUUAGCGCGCUCACCUUCAUCCUCCACAACAUGGUCCCGGGGCUCCAGCUCUUCUACGAGGGCAAAUGGGUCACCGCAAAAUGCGUGCCGAACUCGAUCAUCAUGCACAUCGGCGACACGAUCGAGAUCUUGAGCAACGGUAAGUACAAGAGCAUCCUGCACCGUGGGCUGGUCAACAAGGAGAAGGUGAGGAUCUCUUGGGCAGUUUUCUGCGAGCCGCACAAGGACAAGAUCGUCCUCAAGCCGUUGCCGGAGAUCUUAUCCGAGGCUGAACCACCGCGGUUCGAGCCUCGUACAUUUGCGCAGCAUCUCGAGGGCAAGUUGUUUAGGAAGGCCGCUGGCGGUGGCGUUGAGGAUAAGAAGCCUGAUUAUGAUAAAUCGAGUUGAUUGUGUGAGUUGUAUUUCUCAUUAGAUUUUUGGGAGCUACUAUGUUUUUAUUUUAAUGUUAUUUCAAAAUCACAUAUAUACAUGUAUGUGUUGGUUUGCCAUGACAAAUAAAUCUGGAUCGCUUUUUUUUUUUUUUUCAGACGAAAAUAAAUAUGACAAUGGGUUACUAUA